GCCGCCACACGUGCUGUGUAUGCAUGGGGUGGAAAGACAACUAGCUCGUAACACCAUGAAGCAAGACCGCUUGUCCGUAAUGAACGACCAAUGCGUUCAUCCAGGGAAGAGUUCAAAGAGGCCUCGAUCACAUCACCGUCCCCACUCAAGGGCGAGCGUACCAGCGAACAGUUCGACGACGUCCCACUCGCUUCAUAUGAUGAUCUGCGUAUAGACCACAUCACCAUCGCCGUGCCGGACAGCUUCAUCCAAAGCCCUCCAGCUAGCCUCCGGAAGCACUUCACCAUUGUCCCUGGCAAUCAAUCUCCAACGCGCAGCCUGGCAAUUUACUUUCGGGAUGGGACGUACCUCAACUUCGAAGGUCGCCCUGCGUUAAAGCAUCCAGAGUACGUUGGGUGGGCGCUCACGACCGCUGCUGGAACACGGAACGACCACCAAGCCAUGCGCAACCGACUCCCUGGUAGUUACCAAGUACCUGUUCGAGAAAUACUUGUCAGCCCUGGAGGAACGGAAGUCCAAUGGGAAGCCCUCAGACCCUUUUACAGCUCUGAAAACCUGCUGCCCUACUGGGUCCACGAUUCCGGUCCGAGAAGCCAGCGCGUGCGCGUCAACGACGCCGGCAUCACACAACAUGCAUGCGGCGCUCUGGGAAUGGAGACGAUCAAAUUCUGCGUCAAAAACGAAGACGAAGAACAAACUCGGAAGAGGUUUGCUGCGGUCAUAGGCGUCGAAGACGAGGAAUGGGUCGCUGCUACACCCUACCCUGAUAACGCCGCUCUGGCGCGCACCACGAUCAGCGUUCGCGGCAUCGAUGAAGAAUACAUGCAGAGAGACCUGAUGGUGGAAGUGAUCUUGAAGGCUCCGGAAAAUCGGGUCCGUGUUUUUGGCCGGUUGAUUGGCAAGAGUGUUGCCAAGGGAUUAGUGCUGUUCUAACAGGUGUCUUCCUGCGUAGUGUUUCUGUUCGGCCCGGAAGUCUCGACGAAUCUACACGUUCGGUUGGAGUGCUCCGAAUGUUGGAUGACCUCACGAUGCGGCGUCCCAGUUGGAUAAAUAAUGUGGAGCUGCUAAUCCUAUUCACGAGCAUUCCUGGCUGUUAUCUUUCUUAGAGGACAGAGCAUUCGGCCUCAACGAAACAAGACUGAGGGACCCAGCGCCGGACAGCGCUCAGUUGAGUCUACUCACAACGUACCUGUGCUCCUCCUGUCAACUUCGGCGGUG